AUGUUGCGCUCUGUGUUCGUUGUCGUCCUUCUAUUAUCACAAGUAAACUGUAAUGGAGGCGAAACAACAACAGCUAAUGGUGUACAAGCUGGGCCUGUACCAGAGCUUUACGGGGGACCAACGCCGGUAGGUGAGGCAGAAAUGGAGGCAGAGCCCGAGGGAACAUCAGAACCGGAAGCAGAGCCCGAGGGAACAUCAGAACCAGAGGCAGAGCCCGAGGGAACAUCGGAACCGGAAACAGAGCCCGAGGGAACAUCGGAACCGGAAGCAGAGCCUGAGGGAACAACAGAACCAGAGGCAGAGCCCGAGGGAAUAUCGGAACCAGAAGCAGAGCCCGAGGGAACGUCAGAAGCAGAGCCCGAGGGAACAUCGGAACCGGAAACAGAGCCCGAGGGAACAUCGGAACCUGAAGCAGAGCCCGAGGGAACAUCAGAACCAGGAGCAGAACCAGAGGGAACGUCAGAACCAGAAGCAGAGCCCGAGGGAACUUCAGAACCAGAAGCAGAGCCCGAGGGAACAUCAGAACCAGAAGCAGAGCCCGAGGGAACUUCAGAACCAGGAGCAGAACCAGAGGGAACGUCAGAACCAGAAGCAGAGCCCGAGGGAACAUCGGAACCAGAAGCAGAGCCCGAGGGAACAUCGGAACCAGAAGCAGAACCCGAGGGAACAUCGGAACCCGAGGCAGAACCCGAGGUAACGUCAGAACCAGAGGCAGAGCCUGAGGGUGAGACGGAAUCCGAGGCAGAGCCCGAGGGGGAGUCGGAACCAGAGGCAGAGCCCGAGGGGGAGUCGGAACCCGAGGCAGAGCCCGAGGGGGAGUCGGAACCCGAGGCAGAGCCCGAGGGGGAGUCGGAACCAGAGGCAGAGCCCGAGGGGGAGUCGGAACCAGAGGCAGAGCCCGAGGGGGAGUCAGAACCAGAAACAGAGCCCGAGAGCACGUCAGAACCAGAAUCAGGAGUGAAUCCUGAAGACCAAACCUCGGACAUAGGAACAACAAAAGUGCCUGAUCAGCGGAACACCAAACCAGGGGGUUCGACUCCAGACGAGCCAGAGAAACUGCUGGGAUUCCAGCUAAGCCUGAACAAGACCUUCAACGAAAACUUGGAAGAUCCGGAAACAACGGAGUACAGGGAUUUGGAAACACAGUUCAUCGCCACAUUCACAACCAUCUAUGAAGGAUUUGCUGGAUUUAAGGGGAUCAAAAUCAUUGGAUUCAGUGCAGGAAGCGUUAUUGUGGACUACGUAGUCAUUUUUGCUGCCGACGAAGCACCCUCGGAUGACGUCAUCACCAGCAGUGUACAAGAAACGGUGAGUUCUCUGCUGAGUAACGGAACGAGUGGAGAUGACGUCAGCAAUCUGGGGGUUACCAUGGAAACAGUGGGGACGCUGAGGCGGAUGCAACUGUCCCAAGAAGCUCUGCAGGGUCUGAGUGGCAGCGCCCUCUGUAGCCUCUCGUGUGGAACUGCAGCGUCCUGUACGUUGCGUGACGUGUACGGUACGCUAGUGGCGGAAUGCAGGUGUGACGACGGCUACUGUCACAACGGCGGCACGUGUGCGUUCAUACAAGGAACGGGACCGGUCUGUCGGUGCGGAGCGGACCCUAGCGGGUUCUACAGCGGCGCCAGGUGUGAGUUGUACGCGCCACGUGCUCUGGUCAUCCUGACAGCGGCCGGGGUGGGAGGGCUGCUGUUCGUACUGGUGUCCGUCCUGUCUGUCUGUCUGUGCGUCAGGAACAGGCUCAACCGACUGGACAAGGAGAAAGGGUUCCAUCACCAGGACAUGACAGAAACCUUCUCCAGUCUUCAGAACGGGCACGGGUCGGGCUCUCCCCCGGACUGCGGCUGGACCAAAGACCCGCCUAAAAUAUCGUCCGACCAGGAGUUCAAGCUUCCGAGGCCAUCGGUGACCACCAACUUCGACUAG